CGAGAUCGGCGAUGUUUGAAGCACGUUAGACGAAAUCUCACGGAUGCGCCGGGAAGGCCUCCGCAUCUCAUCCGCGCUACCAAUUCUGUCAAAGAGUUGAUUUCCGUUUCGUACUCAGAUAUAAUAAACACGUGAUAAAAAAAAGAACACGCCAGGUGUUACCCUCGAGAGGGUUCGUGCAUGUGAAUCGGCCACGAAGUUGAGGAAAAAGGGAGAGAGACUUUGCAUCAUCGUCGGGGAUCAUGAGGCCCGGGAAGAGCUGGGCCCCCCUCGCAGCGACCGUACUCGCUACGGCCCUGCUCUUGCAACCUAUCCACGCCGAGGCGCCAAUAUCCGGUAGUUACCUACCACCGUCAACGAGUUAUGGGACACCGAACUUAGGCGGUGGAGGUCCAUCCUCCACCUACGGUGCUCCGUCGGGGGGCGGCGGUGGUCGUCCAUCCUCUAGCUACGGAGCACCGUCCAGCACGUAUGGAGCGCCGUCGAGCACUUACGGCGCGCCGUCGAACGGCGGUGGAAGGCCGUCGAGCACCUACGGGGCACCGUCCAACGGGGGCGGCAGGCCGUCGAGCAGUUACGGUGCACCGUCGAGCAGCUACGGUGCACCGUCGAGCACUUACGGCGCACCGUCGAACGGCGGUGGAAGGCCGUCCAGCAACUAUGGCGCCCCUUCCUUCGGAGGCGGCGGUGGCGGUGGCUUUGGCGGCGGUAACGGGCUUUCCCCCAGCUAUGGCGCACCCUCGCGCGGUGGCGGCGGUGGCGGUGGCUUUGGCGGCGGUAACGGGCUUUCCACCAGCUAUGGCGCACCCUCGCGCGGUGGUGGCGGCUCGAUAUCCUCGAGCUACGGUGCACCCACCGGGGGAGGCGGUGGUGGCCCGUCCACCACCUACGGUGCACCCCACGGAGGAGGCGGUGGCGGUGGAUACUCGAGACCAUCUUCCGCUUACGGUACACCUAGCACCGGUGGUGGCAGUUUCGGAGGCUCCGGUGGAUAUUCUGGAGGCGGAGGUGGAUACUCUGGAGGUGGAAAUGGCUACUCUGGAGGCGGCGGUGGUGGAUAUUCCGGGGGCAAUGGCGGCUACUCAGGAGGCGGAGGUGGUGGUCAAAGCUACGCUAGCAACGGUGGUUACCAAUAUUAAUCGCGAAGAGUCUUCACCCCGCCCGACCACCUUCGACCGUGUUUCACCGCCCAUCGAGACGAGAAAAAUUCCUCCACCCCCCCACCCACCAUCCAGUUCGUCGAGCUCUGCUUCCGGAUUGACGGGGCAACCGUCGAUGAAACGAAUAGGGAACGGAUCGAAGGUGGAUUUCGCGCGGAUCAAAAAUCAUCCGAACCUCCCCCCUACCCCGCCCAACAAGCAUCCAGGAAAUCCGCUAAUGUUAAAAGUUUGAACAGUUUAAACAGCGAUGAAGACCGCCCCCCACCCUCCCCCCUCCCAUUCCGUAAAACAACCUCUCAACUGUGUAUCGAUGAUGCGGCCUGAUAUUCCUGAAAGUGAAAAACGAAAGAGGGAGGAAUCAUAAUUGCCUUUCUUUCCUAAUUGCUUUUUUAAGGAAAAUCGUCUGCUAAUAAUAAUAAUGAUGAUAAU